GACCGACAAUGAUUAGAGCAACACGGAAUGUAAAGGAUAAGUGAAAAGCCACCAAAAAACCUCCAAACAUUACGUCAAAAUUAGAGGGAGAGACGAGUAGAAGAAAGCUUUUCCCGAAGGCUUCUCCACCUGGGCAAGGUGAAUCUGUUCCAGCACACCAUGUCAUCGAUCUCGGCGCAGGGCGUGGUCGAGCGGGCCUCCGCCGAACUGUCCAAGCGCAUCAACGGGCUGGGGUUGCGCUCGAAACACCACCACAGCGGGAGUGGCUCUGGCGACGCGGCCUCCACCACUGGAACCACCGCCGCUGCUCCUGCGCCCAGUGGCAAGACGUCGGUGAUGGAGCGGGUGACGAACGCCCUGUGCGGCGGUGGCAACAAUUCCAACUCCAAUUCCGGAUCGGGUUCCAAUAGCUCCUCCAAUUCCACUGCGUCGGCAGGUGCUACAGCUGCCACAGCGCCCACCAGCAAUGCGAAUCCUCCCCAGACACCUGACAAACCCUCCCGGGGCAGUAGUCCUAGUCCAGGCGGCAUGUCCUUGUCCAGUGCUCAGUCGCAGGUGCCCAACUCCACUCACCAUCUCCUGCAACAACAGCAGCAACAGCAACAACAGCAGCAACAACAGCUGCAGCAGCAACACCACCAACUACAGGCCUCCACGCUGAUCAACUCCAACCACCAUGUAAUGGUGGGUCCAGCCCCGCCCACGGGCAUGCCCCUGGGAGCGCCGCCCACUCCCACGGUCAAGUCGAUUGCCAAGCAGAUGAACAUAACCAUACCGGGCGGUGGCGUCGGCCCAGGAUCACCCACUUUCAGCACAAUGGGCAUGGUGGCGGCGCAAAAGGCUGCCGCCGGCGGGGGUGGCACUGGGGGAACGCCACUGCAGUUGCGAAAACAACUUCCCAAUCCUCACCUGCAUCACCCAUACGGCAGCAUGGGCGUUAACCAGUCCCCGCUAAUCCUGCAGCACCAGCUCCACCCGCCGCCCAUCCACAGCAUCGAGUCCCUGAUGCUGGACGAUCGCUUUCUGAGCCGCUUCUUCCAGUACUUCUCGCCGUACGAGCGCCGAGUCCUGGCCCAGGUGUGCGUCAAGUGGCGGGACACACUGUACCGUAGUCCACGCUACUGGAGCGGCCUGCUGCCGACCCUCCAGUGCCGCGAACUCCGCCAGAUGCCCGGCUGCGAUCGCAGCAAGCUCUACAACUCGCUCAUCCGGCGGGGCUUCCACGCCCUCGGGCUGGUGGGGGCCUCCGACGAGGAUGCCCUGGAUGUGGUCCACUCCUUCCCGCUCGCCUCCAAGCACGUCCAUUCGCUCAGCCUGCGCUGCUCUUCGAUCAGCGAUCGGGGUCUCGAGACCCUGCUGGAUCAUCUUCAGAGUCUCUUUGAACUGGAGCUGGCAGGAUGCAAUGAGGUGACCGAGGCAGGACUGUGGGCGUGUCUGACGCCCCGAAUCGUGUCCUUGUCGCUGGCGGAUUGCAUCAAUAUCGCCGAUGAAGCAGUGGGGGCGGUAGCCCAGCUGCUGCCCUCCCUCUACGAGUUCUCAUUGCAGGCUUACCAUGUCACGGAUGCGGCUCUGGGCUAUUUUUCACCAAAACAGAGCCACAGCCUCAGCAUAUUGCGAUUGCAGUCGUGCUGGGAACUAACCAACCAUGGCAUCGUUAAUAUUGUUCACUCGCUGCCGCAUCUCACGGUUCUGAGCCUAUCCGGUUGCAGCAAGCUGACGGACGACGGAGUGGAGCUCAUUGCCGAGAACCUGCAGAAGCUGCGCGCCCUGGACCUGUCCUGGUGUCCUCGAAUUACUGACGCCUCGCUCGAGUAUAUCGCCUGUGAUCUGAACCAGCUGGAGGAGCUAACACUGGAUAGAUGUGUGCACAUUACGGAUAUUGGCGUGGGCUAUAUAUCCACGAUGCUGUCGCUGACCGCCCUAUUUCUGCGGUGGUGCUCCCAGGUGCGGGACUUCGGGCUGCAGCACCUCUGCUCGAUGCGGAAUCUGCAGGUUCUAUCGCUGGCAGGAUGCCCUUUGCUGACGUCAUCUGGACUGUCCAGCCUGAUCCAGCUGCGUCACCUGCAGGAGCUGGAGCUGACCAACUGCCCAGGGGCCUCGCACGAGCUGUUCGACUACCUGAAGGAGCACCUGCCGCGCUGCCUAAUCAUUGAAUAAUCGAUGAGUGGGCUGCUCUCGGACACUGACUUUAUAUUUAAUUCGGUGUUUAUUUCGUUUUGGGAUGACGAUGCCCGUUUAAGUAUGCUAUUUUUUCGGCAAGUUCCUCGCGUGCUAUGUGACUUUAACUUUCCGUCAACACUCUACUCUGUCCCUUAUAGUUUUAGACUUUUUAUGAUUUCUGCUGUGAUUUGAUACGGAACAUAGUUAAGUUGAUCUUUUUAAGACGAUGAAGUACCACAAAAGACCCGCAGAUGAUAUUUAUUUACAUGCAAUACAAUGUGUCUAAUAUACAUAUACAUAAAUAAAUAUAUAUAUUUCUAUUUAUAAAUAUACAUUAUUUAUAUUAUUACAUUAUUGUAGUCUUUUAAAAAAGUUUUAUUUACUUCUCUUGCUGUAACUAAGAAUGCAGCUUACAUGUAAAUUACAACACAAUUAAAAAACCAAUCAACACAAGCGAUAACCAAACAUUGCGCCCAGAAACGACAAACAAAAAUUGAAAUUAAAAAAAAAACCAGAAUACAAAGCGAAUCAAAAUAUGCAAUUAACCUAACAUUAGUUCAAAUAUAAGCCAGAAAACAAAGCAGAAUAUUUGAAAAUAUUUACAUGUUGAGCGAAUAAAUGCAAAAGUUGCCGGAAGCUUUAAAUUAAAAUUGCAAUUAGAAAAUACAAACGGAAAACCUAGACUUUUGCAAUCCCCUGACCAGAAAAACCUUACUUCGAUUGUACCAUAUGACUAAUCUGUAAUUAUAAAAUUAUGGCUAAUGAAAAUAUUUUAAGCGAUGAAUGCGAAGAGAUUAAUGCACGCUACCAAUUGAAGUCAAUAUUUAACACAGUGUUUAGCAAAUUGUUGUCGAGUUUUUGCGGAUCGCAAUCUACUUUUGGCCGUCAAAGAUACUCAAUACAUACAUCUAUCUAGCUUGCAUUAAAGCUAAACCCUUCAUUUAGUAAAGCCCUCAACCACACCUAUUGUAAAUGCUUUGAUUUUAAAUCCGGUGAUAGGGCCACUCAUCAUGAACCACAUUAAGAAAAUGAAGGUUGCAAAUUGCAAUCCUUAAACCAACAAAAAAUCUCUAAAAUAAAUGAAUGAUAAAAUAAAUAAAUGGAAAACUUUAAA